AUGGCAGCUACAGUCCAUGUCUACCGCAUUCACGAUCCGGAACCCUCCGUGAUUCCUCGCACUGGGCUAUCCCCUCAGUAUGCCUAUGGAGCCCAUGUGUUUCGUUGGAAAGAGUAUUUGUUUAUCGCCUCCAACAAGAAGCCGAAUGUCUCUGGAGUCCAAGACAUUUCUUUGAAAGGGCUCGGCGAUGAGCAAGGCUUUCUCCACACUGCAGCUGCUUCUCGGAAAGCAUCUCAAGUUGUUGAACAAGCAUAUCUGAAGAUUAUAAAUAACGAAGAGCUCACAGGAGAAUUUACAGCUGUCUGUGACUGUUGCAAUGCAGUGAUGGUCGAGUAUCUGGAAACCAUGAAGACUGAAUGGUUGAAAUUUGCCGAGGCAUUCAAGUCUGGGCUCCAAUUCCUUCUUCAAAUGACUAAGGAGGCAGAAGUAGAGAAGGCUCUAAAGCAGUUGAAGAAUUGUCUGCAUAUCCUCAGAGAUAGCAUGGGAAACAUCACCCAUGAACAACAAACAGAGAACAUCCAACAGCUCAAGAGCUGGGUGCUCGACUCCCUCUUUUGUCUUCUCAGGGAUUGUCUAGGCAGGAUGGAAAUGAUCAAAUGGGUAUUCAAUAUGGCUAAACUAUCUAAAGGGCCAUAUGAACUGCUCCGUCUUCGGGGUGAUUUGAUGUACAUCAAGGAACGAUACAAGCAGGGGAUAGGGGAACUGGGUGAGAACCUGGCCCGUCUGACGGCAAAUGAUGAUGCUGCAACAUCAACCCUGACUGGAAGGUCUACUGUCCAUCAAAAUCUUCUGCAUCUAUGCAUUGUUCUUCUGGAGUCCAAGCCUUCAACCACGGCCCACCGCCUCAGACAGCAGCUGGAUAUUAUGAACUGGCAGCAAACCAACUGGGAAAAAAUCUGCAAUGAAUCCGAUGAUCUUUCUGAUGACAAUUACAUUGAUAUCACGCUUACUUUAGAGGACCUCCAGGCAUUUGAACGCAUCGAAUUAACAGGAGAGAUGGUGAAGGAACAGUACACAGCUCUGAUGAGAGAACUGAGAAGGCUCGCUGGUGAUAUAGUGCCUGGCGUACUCAAAUGUGAUGAUUUUUCUCUCGCUGCGAACGUGAUCCUAAUCUGCACAUGUAUUGGGAUCCAUGCGGUCGCCCCCCAGCUAGAGGACGAUUUCUAUGCCAGGACGGAUUUUGAGAAUCAUGCUGCUGAGCUCAGCAGAUCACCACUGUACCGGGAAAAGCGGAUCUCUUCUGAGGGCGCAGCAGACGAACUUGACCGCAUUAUCCUCCUUUUACAACCCAACCGAGACCCGGCUCCGUCCCCUGAAAUCAAAGACGGGGAUGUCUCCCGCCUACCGCUGCCUGAGAGGCCGUUGGGUAAAAGACUGAGUGAUGGCAAUUUAAGCCAACAGAAACGGUCGAAAAUUUCGGAGGCAAGUGAUUUCUGGUGA